AUGGAAGAAGCUUUUGCAACCGAAAUCGCAAAAUCCCUUUUAGGGAAGUUAAGCUCUUUUGCCUCUGAAGAAUUUUGUUUGGCAUGGGGACUUGAUGCUGACCUAGACCAUCUUGAAGAGAUAUUGUCAGCCAUCAAUGCAGUGUUGCACGAUGCCGAGAAGCAACAGGAACAAAAUGACAAGAUCCGGUUGUGGCUUCAGAAGCUCCGAGAAGUCUUGUACGAUGCAGAGGACGUGCUAGACGAAGUUGAGUGCGAGACUUUGCGAAGGAAGGUGGUGAAAACUACAGGGAGCACCAGCAGAAAGGUACAACGCUUCUUUUCAAGGUCUAACAUGAUUGCAUUUCGUUUAAGAAUGGGUCAUAAAAUAAAGAACAUCAUCGGGAGACUUGCUAGAAUCGAGUCUCUUAAGUCUCAGUUUAACCUCAGCGAGCAGACUAUCGAUAGUCAUGUCUUACAUGAGGAAACAGUGAUGAACCGAUCCUUUGAGAGCUUUUCCGGACUUAUCGGAAGAGAUAAAGACAAAGAACGCAUCAUCAACCUUUUAGUAGAACCUUUUAAGGUUGGUGAUGCUCAUCCCCUUGUCUUUUCGAUAGUUGGAAUGGGAGGAUUGGGGAAGACUGCUCUUGCCAAAUCGGUGCAUGAUGAUGAGAUUGUAAAAACUAAUUUUGAAAUGAAAAUAGAGGCAUGUGUUUCAGAUGGUUUUGGUUUAAAACAAGUGAUACAAAAAAUUCUUAAAUCUGCAACUGGGGAUAGAUGUGCAGAUUUGGAUGAGGGCGAACUAAAGAAAAAACUUGAAGCAAUUUUGAACGGCAGGAAAUACUUGCUUCUUUUGGAUGAUGUUUGGAAUGAAGAUGCUCAAAAAUGGUUGUUGUUGAAGCCUUCAUUAUCAAAAGGUGCUUUUGGAAGUAAAGUUAUAGUAACUACCCGUAGUCAACGUGUUGCUGAGAUUAUGGGUACUGUUUCUGCAUACAACUUGAGUAUUCUUGGUCAAGAGCACUGCCUGUCGUUGUUUUACAAGUGUGCAUUCAAGGAAAGGCAAAUGGAGUUGUAUCCAGAUUUGGUUGGAAUUGGGAAAGAAAUAGUGGCAAAAUGCAAGCAAAUUCCUUUGGCGGUGAUUAAUUUGGGGACUCAACUGUAUGGUAAAGUUGAUGAAAAAGAGUGGGAAUCGGUGAGAGAUAGUGAGAAGUGGGAGGAGAAGGGAGAUGCUCUCAAAACCACCAAAUUUCCAAAUCUAGUCGUCAUCUGUCAGUUCUUGACUCCAAGUCUUUUUUUCAUCCAACUCUUCCUAACUUCCCAGAUAAAGUCAAUACUCUUUGCAGAUAGUCUAGAGGGGCCUACAUGCAAGACAGACUUUGAGAAAUGUUUGUCAAAAUCUAAGCAUUUGCGGUCUUUGGAAUUACUAGAUGAUUCUGAAUUUGAGGCUUUCCCAGAGAUGAUUGGUACCUUGAAGCAUUUGAGAUAUCUGAGUUUCGAUAAGAACACAAAAAUAAAAAGACUCCCAAAAUCUAUUUUCAAAUUGCAAAAUUUGCAAGCUUUGAUUGUAGGGGAAGGAUUAGAAGAGCUGCCCAGAGAUGUGAGGUACAUGAUCAGCCUUAGAUUUUUAUUUCUAUUUACUAAGCAGAAUCGGUUGCCACAAGGAGGGAUUGGUUGCUUGGAGUGUCUUCAAACUUUGAUCAUUGUCUUGUGUGAAAAUCUAGAAUAUUUUUGUGAAGAUAUGCAAGGUCUUAAAAGUCUUCGAAAAUUGUUUAUUUCCGGAUGUAAUAACUUGAUUUCCUUACCACGAAGCAUGAAAUGCCUAACCGCAUUGGAGAAAUUGCUUAUUAUCGGUUGUGAAAACCUUGAUUUGAUGACAAUAGAAGAAGGGAAAGAGGAAGAGAUCCAAACACUUUCCCUUCAAACUGUACUGUUGGCAGGAUUACCAGCAACACUAGCAUUACCAACACAGUUUCUUCAAGGAUCAACGAACUCUUUGCGAAUAUUUAUUAUCAGAAACUGUCCAAACAUUAGAGUAAUUUCAGAGUGCUUUGGCAAUUUAAAGAAACUUCAAAAUCUUCGGAUCAUAGAUUGUCCAAGGUUGAGCAAAAGGUGCCAAAAGGAAACAGGAGAAGAUUGGCCAAAGAUCGCUCAUAUCCCUAAAAUCGAGAUUGACGAUGAUGACAUCGAAGAAGAAACGUCGAAUCAGGGUCCCGUCAGCUCAGAUCUUUUACAAACAGUUUAGUUGCUUGCAAAAACCAGCCUGAGGCUAGACUGAUCUACCUUGUUUAAUUCCUCCUGCCUUGAUUUCCUCAGCAAGCUGUCUGUGAUAAUUUCUUUCAUUAAUAAAUUGAUUAACAUCUAGUUGUUAUCA